ACCGGUGAUGGCGAAGCCGGCGAGGGAAAGUGAGGUUUUGGCCUCCUCCCUAGUGAAUAGCGUGACCCAAGCUUUUGGGAAGCUUGUAGACUUAUGGAACGAAAUGGGUAUCAGCAGAGAACUGCAGCUGGAGCGCAUGCAGACAGCUAAGGCGCACAUUGAGACUCUGUUGAAUGAAAUGAUUGAGGAAGAAAGCAAUUUGAAAGAAAAAAUUGAAAAUGACAUUGAAAUACAGAAGUCUCAGUUGAAUAUCGUGAGAUAUGAACUCAAGCUGGACCCCUACCAGGUUGGCGAUGGCUUAUCCAUCAUCCAGUUAGAAAAAGAGUUUCGUCUGGCUUUAGAAGGCGCUCUUAAAGAAAAACAAGAGAGGCUGAUGAAGUUGAAACAGCUGCAGCUAGAAGAGCAGACACUAUGUUCAGAGCUUUACGCUACUCCAUACUACAUACCGACCAGCAGUGUUCCAAGUUGUUUGCAGCUGGAAGAAUUAGACAAACAUGUUCAGCAGCUCUUGAAAGUGAAGGAGCAAAGAUUGAAUGAGUUUUUUAAACUAAGGGGAAAGGUCAGGCAGUAUAAUAAAGAAAUUGGACACACACCAGAUGGGACACUGGAAAGUGAUAUGUUGAGCGAUGAAGAAGAAUGUAUUUGCCUUACAAAGAAAAACCUUGAGGAUCUCGAAUUGCUUGUUCAUCAGUUGCAGGUCAAGAAAGACUCUCUAAUUGCCAGCAGAGACGCUCUGGUGAAAGAGGUGCAAGUUUUGUGGGACAGACUUCAACAGCCACAAGAGAAGCAGGAGCAGCUCACAAUGUUGGCAAGCAGAUGUCCUAUUUCUGAAGCAAUAAAAAUGUGGGAAGAGGAGUUGGAGAACCUGGAAGUGCUGAAGAAGGAAAGUUUAAAACAAAUUACUUUCAGAGUCAGGCAAGAACUUCAUGAUUUCUGGGGGAAAUGCUUUUAUUCUGAGGAACAAAGAGCUGCGUUUCAGCCCUUUUUAAGUGAUAAUUUCUCUGAAGAGUUGUUGAGUCAACACGAUGAAGAACUUUUGAGAAUAAAAGAGGUUUAUGAGAAUAACAAACACCUAUAUGAUAAUGUUCACAAAUGGAAUGCCAUCUGGGAGCGUUUGGGUGAACUGGAGAAAAAAUCAACAGAUCCAAGCAGGCUUCUAAACAGAGGGGGUACCUUACUCAAAGAGGAAAGGGAAAGAUCAAAGGUUCAAAAACAAUUGUCAAAGUUGGGGGAGGAACUGAAGAAAGAUAUUGAAGACUGGGAGAAGGAAAACAACUCACACUUCCUUGUUAAUAAUCAGAGGUUUCUGGACUCCAUGGCCCUUCAAUUGCAGCAUCACAAAAUUAAGAAAGAUCAACCCAAAAUUUCAUUGAAGAGGGAUGAAUGUGGAACUCCCAAAUCAGCUACUAAAAGACCUGCAGGAGGUGUGAACAUGCCACCUCCUAGCAAGAUGCGGAAAGUAAAUAAUCUUUUGGUCCAACAGGCAAUUAUCUGAUAGAAAUCGUGUGCAUGCUUCGAAGCCAAAGUACAAGGAGCCCUUUUCGACUAGCUUGCAUCAGCCAGAAGCAAAGUACAGUAAUGACAACUUGCCUUAUUUUAUUUGACAGAACCCCUGUAUGUGUGUAUGGGAAAUUCAUCCGGAAGACAAAAAUGUAUCAAGGAGUUAGUGAUCUACCAUGGUUACCCUUCCUGCCUCUGUUCCUUCCCCUUCCCUUGCUCUUGUUAAGUUUUUUGAUGGUGUGAGAACAGUCUUUAAUGUCUUGAAGAUUGGGAGGAGGUGAAGCCAGGGGUGUAGGAAGGCUUCCAACAAGAGAUUAAAAAUACACUAAAAUGUCACACAUUAAAAACUUCCCUAAACAGGGCUGCCUUCAGGUGCCUUCUAAAUGUCAGGUAGUUGUUUAUCUCUUUUACAUCUGAUGGAAGGGCGUUCCACAGGGUGGGCACUGCUACCAAGAAGGCCCUCUGCCUGGUUCCCUGUAGCUUUUGCUUCUCUCGGUGAGUUAUAAUUUUUACAAGUAUACAUCAAAUAACAACUAUGAAUCUCCAGACUUCUCACAAUCCCCUCCAUGGGUCCUGUUAUCAUUUUCAACUGCAUAUUAAUUCAUCAUCCAUAUUUUAGGUCUAUCCAUAUUAUCCAACAUUACAAGUUUUGUUAAAAUCCUGUUGAUGUUUCCAUUUGCUUACAGUGGUCUCUUAAUAAGUUAUAAAUCUUUCCCAUUCUUUCUUGAAACUUUUGUCUGCUUGGUUUCUAAGUUUUCUGGUCAGUUUUGCCAUUUCGGCAUAGUCCAACAGCUUAAUUUGCCAUUCUUCUCUGAUAAGGACUCUAUCUUCUUUCCAUCUCUGGGCAAAAGCAUCCGUGCAGCAGUUGUUGUGUACAUAAAAAGUCUUUUCUGCUCCUUUGGAAUCUCGGUACCUAAUAAAAAAAAGCUUCUGGUUUCCUUAUAAAAGUUAUUAUUUUCAUUUCAUUAUAUAUCAUUUACCAGAAUGCUUUUAUAACCUUACACGUCCACCACAUAUGAUAAAAGGUACCUCCUUGUUCUUUACCUUUCCAACAAAUGUUCGUUCUUGUCUUAUACAGUUUUGCUAGUUUAGUAGGAGUCAGAUAGCACCUAUACAUCAACUUCAUGUAAUAUUUUUUCAAUCUACAACAUGCUGAAAUUUUUUAAUCCCUUUUCAUAAACUUUCCCAAUCAAAACAUUGGGUAUUAUGCCCCAAAUCCCUCGCCCAGUGUAUCAUCAAGUGGCAUAAUAUAAAAAUAAAACAUUAAAAUCAAUUAAUGCUAUUUACAAUCUGGAUAAUAGGAUGUUGUUGUUGUUUAGUCGUUUAGCCGUGUCCAACUCUUCGUGACCCCCUGGACCAGAGCACGCCAGGCACUCCUGUCUUCCACUGCCUCCCGCAGUUUGGUCAAACUCAUGCUGGUAGCUUCGAGAACACUGUCCAACCAUCUCGUCCUCUGUCAUCCUCUUCUCCUUGUGCCCUCAGUCUUUCCCAACAUCAGGGUCUUUUCCAGGGAGCCUUCUCUUCUCAUGAGGUGGCCAAAGUCUUGGAGCCUCAGCUUCAGGAUCUGUCCUUCCAGUGAGAACUCAGGGCUGAUUUCCUUCAGAAUGGAUGGGUUUGAUCUUCUUGCAGUCCAUGGGACUCUCAAGAGUCUCCUCCAGCCCCAGAAUUCAAAAGCAUCAAUUCUUCAGCGAUCAGCCUUCUUUGUGGUCCAGCUCUCACUUCCAUACAUCACUACUGGGAAAACCAUAGCUUUAACUAUACGGACCUUUGUUGGCAAGGUGAUGUCUCUGCGUUUUAAGUUGCUGUCUAGGAUAAUAGGAUAGGUCCUUAAAAAAAUGUAUCUUGGGUGUCUGGAGUACAGAGGUUUGUCUUCAGCAUAUGGUGGCACAGAUGCCACAGCUCAGCUACUACAGAGAAUGCCCUCUCCUAGGCUGCCAGCAGGGAAGCAACCCAGAAGGUGCUUCUCUACUCUGAUCAGCCCCAGCGUGCAUGCCCAGUCAUCUGAUUUUGGAAGAUGCUGAUCAGUUACAUCUGGAGAGGCAGAUUAUCCACUCAUUGCUUUAGGAUUGCAGAUCAUGAUUGCAAAGGGUUCAAGGGAAUUGAACAGCAUGCCUUGUCUCAGGUUCAGAUGUGUUAAAAGCAUUUUUAGUAGUAUUGUGGAGACUGCAGGGGCAAGCCAGUGCUACUCAUCCUCCCUUUGUUGUGAAAUAUGCAGGGCUUCUGUCUUCCUACCCCCCCCCCCCCGGGAAAGCGGGGCUCGUGUGACCUAGAUUGGAACAUUGAGUCAGGGGCUCCCCACUUCUUUCCCUGCUUUCCCCUCGAACAGAGCCUUCUAUUUUAGCCCUGGCUGUCGCAUGUAAUUGGAUAUCUUUGUUGUUGUUGUUUAGUCGUGUCCGACUCUUCGUGACCCCCUGGACCAGAGGACGCCAGGCACUUCUGUCUUCCACUGCAUCCCGCAGUUUGGUCAAACUCAUGCUGGUAGCUUCGAGAACACUAUCCAACCAUCUUGUCCUCUGUCGUCCCCUUCUCCUUGUGCCCUCCAUCUUUCCCAGCAUCAGUGUGUUUUCCAGGGAGUCUUCUCUUCUCAUGAGGUGGCCAAAGUAUUGGAGCCUCAGCUUCAGGAUCUGUCCUUCCAGUGAGCACUCGGCUGAUUUCCUUCAGAAUGGAGAGGUUUGAUCUUCUUGCAGUCCAUGGGACUCUCAAGAGUCUCCUCCAGCACCAGAAUUCAAAAUUCUGUCUUCCUACCACCCGGGAAAGCAGGGAUCGUGUGACCUAGAUUGGAACAUUGAGUCAGGGCCCCCCCACUUCUUUCCCUGGUUUCUCCUCAAACAGAGUCUUCUAUUUUAGCCCUGGCUGCUGCAUGUAAUUGCAUAUCUAUAUUACAGCUAUGUUGCAGCUCCCUCUAGGGAGGGUGAUGUCCAGUUUCAUAUCAUGAACACCAGAUGGCAGUGCAUCAUAAAGAAAGCCUAUCCCACAAAUAAAUCUGUAGGGCAGCCAUGCGUUUGACCAUGAAGCACUAUAAACUAGAGAUGUUUCCCUCCGUGGAGACACCCUUUGGGGAAAGUGCUACAGCACAUGCGUAGUCCUAGCCUCAGCCACUUUUCCUUUUCCCUGCCUCCCCAGACAUUGUGUGCUUGUGUGGAUUCCACAGCUGGAUGUCUCCUUCACACUAAACAGAGAACGAAACACUGAACACGUAGCAAUGAAUAUGCUGUCUUCUUUGAUGAAACAAAAGUAUUGCUAUGGGAAUUCUAAGGACUUCUGUAUAUGUUUGCCUUGUACAUUUAUGAAUGUUUAUUUUAUUACACACAUUACACUUGAUCUUAGCCAAAAGGCCAAGUAUAUAAGUAUAUAAACCACGUGUCUGAAAUAGUACAGGAGAACAAUCCUGAAGCCAUUUUGACUCUUCCAGUAACCUCAAAUAUUAUCUGCAGUGAGAAAGGAAAUGGGCAAGCCUCCCCAUUGUCUCUUUGCUCACAAAUCCUGUCUUCAGGGCGUAUUUGUGUAUGAAUAGGGUGAGCUUGUGACCUGGAUUCAGGAACUAAGUAUUUAGCAUCUCAAAAGGAAUGGCCCGGCAGUCCAGGUAAAGCAAUCAGUGACCAUUAUCAGUAUCCUGCCAAACAGGAUUUCUGUUGUAGACUGCCCCCUUCAGUGAUGUAUGUGUGAUGUUUUGGAGGGUGGUCUUGAGCUACUUUUGCAUUUCAAAAGUCUAUACAGUGGUACCUCGGGAUGCAAACGGGAUCCGUUCCGGAGCCCCAUUCGCAUCCUGAAUGGAACGUAAGGCGCGUCUGCACGGGUCGCGUUUUGCCGCUUUCGCGCAAGCUCGUGACAUCAUUUUGAGCGUCUGCAUAUGUGCGAGCGGCGAAUCCCGGAAGUAACGUGCUCCGUUACUUCCGGGUUGCCACGGAGUGCAACCCGAAAGUGCUCAACCUGAAGCACAUUCAACCUGAGGUAUGACUGUAUAAGGGCUUGCACACCAUUGUUCGGUGUUCUCCUCCUGACUCCAGCAUGUGGUUGUGAGCAUCCUGUUGCAACAGUAUAAUAAAGAUCAUGCUUACUAGCUGCUUUUCUUCUCAA